AAUUGCUUGGUUGUGUUGUGGUACCAGUACUCACCUGCGGCCUGUGUCAGGGGACUGGGAGACUUGCAAACUGGCAGGGGGAUCAUGCACAAUAGCUACGGGUGUAUUGUCAGUUCGUGUGCCAGAGCCCUUUUAUUAACGAUGCAUAAUUCUCUGUUCUGUGACCUGGAGUAUAGAUUUCCAUGAAUAAGUUCAUAUUAUGUCUGUGUUAUGACAUUUUUCUAUGCCAAGCCCAGUCAGAGCCUGAUCACCUGAUAUUUAGCUGCUUGUGUGUGUGGAAUCAAUAAGUAUACAACUGAUUUUAGUCACUUAUCUGUAAUAUUGUUAACUUCCAUGUUGUCUGCAUGAAGAACACUUGGGGUUACAGAGGUUGGGAAAAGCAUAGUGCUAAGUAUUUAAAGUUGUGUAUUUCGUGUUGUAUAAUUGUAUAAAACAGAUGAUUAUUUUUGUAUCUACAAUCUAGAUAUUAGAAGAAUAAUUUGUGCUGUAAACUUGGCAUAAUAUUGUUUAGAUUGCAAUGGUGAUGUAAUUAAUAUUGUUAAAUAGACAGGACAGACCAGAGAUUUCUAUACUAUACUAUAAAGAAAAGGGGUCCCCUCUUGAUUUAGAGGGUCCCUUAUCACCUGUUAAAUUGGGGUUAACACCAAGCAUCCCGAGGAUCGGAGGGGUGACUCCUGGGGACCCUGGGAUGAAAGGGAAGGAGGAUGGUGGAAGUGGUGGAGGAUGUCCCUCUGGGCUAAGUGGAGGUCCAGGUGGCAUCGGGGGUAGCCCUGAGAAAAGUGUCAGUGCCCAGGACCUGAAGGAACAGGGCAACAGACUAUUUGUUGGUCGCAAAUACCAGGAAGCAGUGUCUUGUUACAGCAAAGCCAUUACUCGAAACCCCUCAAUUGCUGUGUAUUACACAAAUCGCGCCCUGUGCUACCUGAAGAUGCAGCAGCUCGAUAAGGCUUUGGCGGACUGUAAGCAUGCCCUUGAACUAGACAGCCAAUCGGUGAAGGCGCAUUUCUUCCUGGGUCAGUGCCAGUUAGAACUGGAGAACUAUGAUGAGGCCAUAGCCAAUCUUCAGCGAGCAUACAAUCUGGCCAAGGAGCAGAGGUUAAAUUUUGGAGAUGAUAUCCCCAGUGCUUUGAGGAUUGCCAAGAAAAAACGCUGGAAUAGCAUAGAAGAGAGGAGAAUCAACCAGGAGAACGAACUUCAUUCAUAUCUCACCAAGCUCAUCCUGGCUGAGAAAGAAAGAGAGCUUGAAGAAACAAAGCGAAAACAUCAGGAGGAUAAUGUGGAGGAAAACAGGAGCCGAGCUCUGCUGUCCAGUGUGGCUUCAAAGCAUGAAAAGUAUCUCGCUGACAUGGAUGAGCUCUUUUCUCAAGUGGACGAGAAGCGAAAGAAAAGGGACAUCCCUGAUUAUUUGUGCGGGAAAAUCAGUUUUGAGCUCAUGAGAGAACCCUGUAUAACUCCCAGCGGCAUCACCUAUGACAGGAAGGACAUUGAAGAACAUCUCCAGAGAGUUGGCCAUUUUGACCCUGUGACUAGAAGCCCUUUAACCCAAGAUCAGCUGAUCCCAAACCUGGCCAUGAAGGAAGUUAUUGAUGCCUUCAUAUCAGAGAACGGCUGGGUGGAGGACUAUUGAGGAGGCUAAUAACAUCUCUAGUCCAGGAUUAUUGGACCUCAUUGUCAGGCUAUGAGCCUCCUGCUGAAUCACAGACUGUGCCUGUCAAGCCUCAUGCCUUACUCAUCUCACCUACAUAAAUCAGAGUUUUAGAGUGUUUCUGGCAGAUGCAGAUCUUCUGUAAGACGAUACUUUCCUCUAGAAGAAAGGAGCCAAAAACGGACUUCUCACUAUUUAUAAUGAAGAGGUUCCAGUGGCACUCGGGUGCAUAUUUUUCCCUUCUUUUUUUUAUUAAUUCAUUAUAUAUAUUUCUCCCACCAGUGUGUAUUAAUAAAACAAAAACCAGCUCUUCAUUGCUGCUUCAUAACAUAGAUGGUUCCUUUUUAUUAGUGGAGGAGAUCCGCUUCAAAUCAUGUGUAAAAGCUUGGUGGAAGGAGAAAUAGUCCGACGUCUUAGCUCAAUGAAGCCUAUUCUGGAUUUUUAUUUAAAGUAGUAUCCUUACAAUCAUUCUAUUUAUUAAUCUGCUACAUAGACAUGUUGCCUAUUACAUCAACGCAUAGUACAAAUAGCAGAAAAUCCUCAAUUCUAAGUUGUACUUGCAAGGCAGUCAAAUUUAUCUGGGUUGUAAGCGCUAGGAGAAGGUCUUUUCUGAACAAUGACUCUCAUUUGACAUCGUCAUAGCUGAAACUUCCCAGUAUGCUUGAAAUACAGUAAAUAUUUUGUCCUCAGUGUUAAAACUUGAAACUAACAGUUAUUUUUUUUUAAAUUAUUGGUAGCGAGGCUUGUGUUUGAGUUUAUUUUCAUGUUUGAUAAAAGAAAAAUACCCAGAAUGCUUUAAACCUGAACUCCAUUUUGUGUUUGACAUGAGGACUCUGUAUACUUGAAAAAGCACUAGUCUUUGUUCUAUGAAAUACCUUCCAGUACCAAGUAAAUAAGUGGAAAUCUUAUGAAACUCAAAGGACUUUGGCUAGAAACGUGUUAAAUCAGACCUUGGAAAGAAAUCAACCUGGAAAAGAUCCUAUAAGGGGCCAAGAUUAUCUUUACCCUCUUUUGUUUUUAUAAACUAUGAUGUGUUGACAUCUUUUUGAGACAAUUUUCUGAGGCCAGUUAGCUGAACAAAAAGGCAAAAUUCUAUAUCUUCAUUUAAAGGGGCACUGAACCCCAAUUUUUUCUUUCAUGAUUCAGAUAGAUUUUAAGCAACUUUCUAAUUUACUGCUAUCAUAAUUUUUCUUUGUUCUCUUGCUAUCUUUAUUUGAAAAAGAAGGCAUCUAAGCUAAGGAGCCAGACAAUUUUUGGUUCAGCACUUGUUCAUUGGUGAGUGAAUUUAUCCACCAAUCGGCAAGCACAACCCAGGUUGUUCUCCAAAAAUGGGCCGGCUACUAAACUUACAUUUUUGCUUUUCAAAUAAAGAUAUCAAGAGAAUGAAGAAAAAUUGAUAAUAGGAGUAAAUCAGAAAGUUGCUUAAAUUUGCAUGCUCUAUCUAAAUCACAAAAGAAAAAAAAAAUGGGUUUAGUGUCCCUUUAAUACAUUGAGUCAAGGAAAAAGAAUUGCCCAUAACCAGUUUGUGAAGUGCACUUGGUCUGCCACACUAACCUUACAAUGUGAAGACUUGUUUGGGUGGUUUUUCAAUAAUUUAAUCAAAUACAGAUCAUCCACAUUCAGGGGUGAGUUUAAUUUUUUUUUUUAAAAUCACUUUAUUAAAAUACAUUUAUAAACAAAAAAAAAAGUGUAUGUGGAAAGAUAUUCAUACAAAGUGAGUCACUAGCCGCAACAGCCGGUGUCCUGAUAGAAAUGCUGGUCGCAAAGUGCUGUCGUCAUCAGUGAGAGACAGCCAAUGAUGAAGUCACAAUGAUGACAAGGUGCAGGCCGAAAAAGCAGGAACCAAUCCGCCAAAACGAUAGACACAAGGAGGAAACGGCUGCACAACGGGUCUUUCGAAAUAGUUCAAAUUUUAUUUGAAACACGUACCAGUAUAGCAGGUUCAUACCUCCUUGUGUCGAACAAUAUUCAUAGCAUGCUUACACAUUUUCGCUCUAAUUUUAUGAAUGGAUUUUAUUUAACUCACCGUGGCUAUGGCAGCCCUGCAUUUGAUUACUUUUAUGACGCACAGUUUUUGUUUUUGCUUCAGCCUUGCGCCCUAUGGGGUUUGUGUUGGAUCGGCCUUCACACGAAGAAGCACAGUGCUAAAGCAAUCUUAGAGUGGCGUGUUUCUGCAUAUUCUUGUAACUUACGUUUCUGCUGCAACUAACAUUUUAUUUGCACCCAUUAUUAUCAUCAUUGCCACCAUAGACUGUGUGAUAAGCUAACUUUAUUAACCAAAACUUUGCUUAUCUCUGUAUAUAGUUAUUGUAAAUAUGUGUUCCUAGUAUAUCCUGUGGCCAUUGAAUUAGUACAGUAAAUUUAACUGUCUCCAGAAAUAACACGUUGCUGGUAUUGUGACUUCAGAUGUUCUUACAUUAAAGAACUCAUGUUAAAGCUC